AUCCUUUCUUCCUCCUUUGGCAAGUUGGAUUUAGGGUUCUAGCCUUCUUUCCUAUUUAGGAUUAAAAAAUCCUCUCAAUUAUUGGGUUUAGCGUUGUCUUCCUCUAUCCCCUCUGUUUGGGUUUCAUCCGCUUCAACUAUUUUGGUUUUUCGUCUUUGUGCUGUGUGUUUUAAUGGUUUUGGAAUCGUGGUGGAGGUCGAACGAACGAUGAUGAGUCAAUACAGACCUGUAAUGACUAUGCGGGCAUGAUCGCAGUUCUUUUGAACAUCUAAGGGACUGAGUUCUUCGCUUCCUACCUUGAUUCCAAUGCAGUUUAUUUUUUACUACGAUUCUGUUUUUUUCUUCUUCUUCUUCUGAAAUGGGCUUCUGUUUGCUAGUUUUGAACGUGGACUAGAACGAUCAUAUGAAUCGUCCACUCUGAGAAGAGGCCUCAGAAAGAAGGUUCCCCUCGCUAUCCAUUGCUACCGAUUCAAUGUGGCAUCAGGACGUCGGGGAACUACAAUUUUUUUUCCUUUUUCAAUUCAAAUGUUAUAAUUCGACCUGGGUUAUGUGUAUCUUUCUCAGAAAUGUAAGCAUCGAAGUCCAAUGAUAUCACUUUUUUCAAUGUGCUCCUCUCUUUUACUUUUCAGAGUUCUUGUCAGUUGUAAGCCUCGUCCGGCAAAAUGUGGCUCUGAUUAAGAGUAAAAGGGAGGGAGGAAGUCAGAUCUGAACAACAUCGUGAGGAAAACAUCCUCAACUGGCAUCGCGAAGCAUUAUGCUAGAGGAUGAACACAAUCACAAGUGAAGUAGACGUGAUUGUAUGGUUGACUGUUAGAUUAGCUAUCUUAUAGCGAGAAGGGUUUUACAGUAUACAUUUUCACAAUACCAUUCAAUGGAAAGAACAGCCUUUUAGAUGUUCAAUUACAAAAUUUAUCAAUAAAGAAUACAUUGCAGAACAGCGCCGUGUAAUUUCUUAUGCCUCUGGACUCUGGUUAUCAGUUAUUUGUAAUAUCUCACUUGACAUAUGGUCUUGGCUCGAAAAAAUAACAAAUUAAUUAGAGCUCAUUUGGGGUCAGGAAAUGGCCACGACAGUCAGCCGAAUCAAACCGAUAUCCGCUUGCUUUACUUUGAUUCCAUCACGGCUUCCAUUUCUCGUCUCCCCUCUGCUUGUGUUUCUUCCUGCAGCACUCCAAGAUGGCAUCCACCGUAUCCAUGACUACUAGAACACAAUGUUCCAUUCCCUCGCUCCUCCCUUCUCCCAGCAAGCCCAGGACCCCAGCUUCUCAAAGUUUCUCCAGUUCCUCUCACUCCCAAUUCCAUGGGCUCAAUUUCUCAAAGCCCGCCUCCGCUAGUGCUGCUCCUGUUCCUUCUUCUUUCAAGACUUCCAUUGUUGCCAAGGUGAACAAAGGGCAGGUUCCGCCCAACUUCACAUUGAAAGAUCAGGAUGGCAAGGCUGUGAGCCUCGCCAAGUACAAGGGCAAGCCUGUUGUUGUCUAUUUCUACCCUGCCGAUGAAAGCCCUAGUUGUACCAAACAGGUACCCCUUUCCCUUUUCCUUUCUCCUUAUUCUUUUCCAACCUUGAGAUAUAAGGCAUAGAAGCAAUUGGAGGUCAAGUAGCUCUAGCUUACGCAGUGAUGCUGAUUCUUGAACACAAUGUCACUUAUAGAAAUACUACUUUUGUCCCUCUUCAUUGCUUGAAGAGGCCAUCUGAUUGGUUAAUGAAUACUGAUGGAGGGGCAACGACCACACUUACCUUGAACAAUUUAAUUUAUGGUUUUAGUAAACUUUAAAGAAAAAUCAAAAGAAACAGUGAUAAUGAUGGUAUUGGAAGCAGUUUAUGGAAGGGAAUGACACAAGAUUAAUGUUUUGAGUCUCUCCAAUCACUUGAAUUAUUGUGAUAGAUAAGCUUUUGUUUUCACAUGGUAAGAGGUCUUGUUUCCUCCUCGUGAUCUCCCAAUAGAAUAGUUGAUUCAAACACAAGCUACGAGCUUGUGCAAAUUUCAAACUCAUAAGCAAGUUCUUUGGUAUAAGAUUCAUACUUCGCCUCCUCGGUGCAACCGACUUAUUGGGAAGAAUUAGUUAUUGGCAGUUCAGUCUCGUCAAGAUCCUUUGUUUUUCCCCUUCUCGGAUGUAGUUGAUUUUCCAGAGUCUUUGUUUUUUGCAGGCGUGUGCUUUCAGGGACUCUUAUGAGAAGUUUAAGAAAGCAGGAGCUGAGGUCAUUGGGAUUAGUGGCGAUGAUUCAUCUUCACACAAGUCAUUUGCUAAGAAGUAUAGGCUCCCCUUUACGUUGCUGAGCGAUGAGGGUAACAAAGUAAGGAAAGAAUGGGGGAUCCCUUCCGAUCUUUUUGGAGCACUACCGGGGAGACAGACAUAUGUUCUUGACAAGCAGGGAGUGGUGCAGCUGAUCUACAACAACCAGUUCCAACCAGAGAAGCACAUUGAUGAAACCCUCAAACUACUUCAGAGCCUCUAACUCUACUCUCUCCGCCCACUUCUCUCAGUUUUCUCCCCACACCUAAAAAAUUGCUCUCAUUUUUGUAAGCAUGUACCCCUACUUCUGGCUACAUUCAGUACUUGUAAAGCCAAUCAGAGUUACAAGAGGUAAUUGUUGCAUAUGUUCAAGGUUGAUCCCUAAUCAUACAUAAACAUGGAGUUCAUUGACGAACGAUGACGAGUCAAACACAUGUAUUCUUCUAGGAUAAAUGGUGUAACAAUCUUUUAUGAAGUUGGAUAAUUUCUCGAUUCAUGUCAUUGUGACCAUGCAUCGAUAAAUUGAAUGC